AUGCUCAAGAUUGGCGCAGACCACCGCCGCAGGUGGCCGGACAUGGCGCCGAAGGGCAGCAAGAGGCAGAGUUGGCUGGUGGAGAAGCUCCAGGUGUAUGAGUCCGAGGGCAAGUCUUUGGACAAGCCCGCGGACAAGGAAGAGAAGCUCCAGGACGCAGGCCAGAAACCGGAGAGGGAAAUUGAGCUGAAGGCUGCUGCCCUGCCUGAGACGCUUUGGGUGUGA